GCAAUCCUGACACGUUCAUCAUGUCGACCAAGACCGUGGUACGGAGGACAAAAUCCAGCAAUCUGGAGUAUCGCGGUGACUCCAGAUUUCCACCGGGUGUAUACACGAUCCAUCUACCGUCGACGUGUGAUCAUACACUCGAAAAUAGGCCGAUUCAUCUGAAAAGAAUUAGCGCAUAUGAAGGAAAAGAGAUCAGGAAGAUAAGGGAUAAGAGCGGCACGAGGAAAUAUUUGAUUCCCUCGAAGGAGCCUAUGGUCUAUCCGAAGAUCAUGACAAGAAAGGAAUACGAAGACCUAAAGGAACGCAGCCGCGUGAUCACGAAGGAGGAGAGACAAACGGCCGUGGAAACUACGGAGAAAGAGAGGGAGAGACUGGCAAAAGAGAGCUUGGCACGGAAAGAGGCAAUUCGCGUUAUGGACAUGAAAAAGGAUCGUGAGAAGGAUCCAAGAACGAAAGAGAUCGAGGAGGAGGCGAAAAAAAGGACAAUGCACAUCCUCGAGCGGGCGUACAACAUGCGUCUAGAGCAAGAGGAGGAGAUACAGAAGUGCAAUCGUCUUAUUUUGGAAACCAAAUGCCGAGCUAUCCGCGACGCUCAAAUAGCAGAAAAGAAAUUGAUGGGACAAGAGCUUCUCGAGGAGGAGAAACGGUUGAACGACAUGAUGGAAGAAGAGAGGAGAUGGGCAAUCAAGGAAGAGUCGCGAAAAGAAGAAGAGGAGACAGCCAAACGGCUACGAUUUGCUAAGAUCUUGAAGGAGCAGAUCAUAGAAAACGAGGAACAACGGAUCCUCCAGUUUGAGAGAAAGCAGGAGGAAAGCCGGCUUAUCAAUUUAAAUAAUAUCGCAUGGCAGCAAGACGAGAUUGAGAAGCUACGCAACAAGGAGACUGAAAACGCAAAAGUGCGACAGGAACUUGCAGAAGGGAACGAACAAUUGAAACACUUUAAGGCUAUGGAAGAGGAAGAAAACAGAAUUAUAGAUUUAAGGAUACAGAACUAUCAUCGAAUAAAAGAGGAGAGAGAGGCAAAAAAAGCGGAAGAGCAGAGAUUAGAAAGAUUGAAAAAGGAGCGAGAGAAAACCAGAGUAGCGAUGCGAACGGUGCAAGCACACGAGCUUCAGGCGCAAAUUGAUGAAAUCAACGCGGCUCGAGUUCAGGAAGAGGUAGAACGGGAUUGGAGACGAAAAGAGAAGGAAGAAGCUUUAAAGAAAUUGAAAGCUCAAAGAAUUCUUCAGAAAGAAAGAGAGGAACAAAUAAAUAAUAAGCGAAUAAUGCAAGCCAUCGAAAUUGAACGGGAGAGGCGAGAAUUUGAGAGAAUUGUACGUGUACAACAAACAGCUUUUUAUAGAGAAAAGAAGGAAUUCGAGCAAAAGCAGCAACAGGCUUUAAUUCAUCGCAGUGAAAUAUUAAAGCAGGUAAAUGAAAAAGAACGAGAACGCAUUGUUGAGCGGCAAAAAAUGUUCGAAGAAGGCCUGGCAAUACGUGCUGAAACUGCAAUGCGUAAGAAGAAAUUACAAGAUGCAAUGGAACGAAAGUGCCAAGAAAUGAGAGAAAACAAAGUUCCCGAUAUUUAUAUUAAUGAAGUGAAACGAAUGAUUGAAACUAUUCAAUGAAUUAUUUCAUCAUG